AUGAUUAUCACACAAAUACCAGUGUUAAAGUUGAUUGUUGAGUAUAUAGAUAGCAAUUUAGAUAGGAUUUGUUUCGUUUUGACAUGUAAGGAUCUGUUUGAUAAGAGAAACAAGAUUCUCACUAUUAAACCAGAGGUUUUAGAUCAUGAUAUGCAGCACUACUUCAUGGAGUUCAAGAUGAAGAGUUUUCUAAAGAAGACUUAUGAACAGGUGAAGGCGUUAUCAAAGAUAUCGAGUGUCGAUGUCGAUGUACCUAAUGUCUCUGGUCGGUACACCGGUCCAAUCCGCUACUACCAACCGGACUUUAACUCGGAAUUUCUUACUCGCACCCAUUCCAAUUCGGGCUGUUCCCAGAGACUUUGGAGCGACUUAUCAUAG